AUGGAAGAUUCUUUAAUAGUGCAAACGGAUUUCAACGGAAGAAACAAAUUACAUAUGGAAGACAAUAAAUGCUUCUGCCUGAAGACAUUUUUAGGAUUGUUACAAAUUAAUAUCAUAACUCUUGCUCAAAGUUUACAACAACCAUAUCCCCCGAAGAUAUGUCUAAUACCUACAAAGGAUUAUCGUGUUGAAGAAGUGUCAAUAACUGCAGACAGCAUUAACGUGAACCUUCCGGAGCCGAUUCUCAAUGAUGAAUACAAUGAUCUUUACAAAUUCAAAGAAUUUUAUGUCCAAACGUACGAACGGCAGCACAAAAUUCCGAAUUUGACGCAGUUUACAGAAUACACGUUAAAGCUGGCACUAAGCAAUUUUUACAUCCACAAGAAAUCGAUGGAUUUGCAAUUCGGCCCAGAUGUAAAACUGAUAACUACGAGCAAGCUCUAUGCACCGGAUGAUGUAGUAGUUCAAGUUGUAAUGCCAAAUCUGGCGGUAAUUGAUUGGAUGCCACCGAAAAAAUUAGAUUGCGUGGCAGUGAAUUAUGAGGUGAAAUGGAUGCAAUAUUCAAAUAGCACUCAAGAAAAUCAAAAUUCGUUUCGCUUCAUAAAAGUCAAUAAACUAGAACAUACGACAAAUGGUGUCGUCACUGACAGUGUAAUAAAAACAUUCUACAUGGCCGAACCGAAUAAUUUAAGUUUGAAUGGGAUCGAUACAAACAGUAUGAAUAUCUCGUGGAUUCCAAGCGUUAAUCUGACGAUUCCUACUGAAUUCCUUAUACUGGAAUACAAAAAUGCUGCGUCACGGAAAAGGAUAUGGGAAAUUGCAAAUAAUAUUGAGAAGAAUAAUGAUAAAAUAACAUAUCACAUAGAAAAUUUAUUACUGCAAACUAAGAUUGGACACAACAUCAGUUGCGAUAAAAAUGCUAAAAAACAAGCUUCUUCGAAAGAGAAAAAGGAAUUCUUGAAAGAGGCUAAACUUAUGAGCCACUUUCAACAUGAAAAUGUGCUAAGAAUAUUAGGCAUUUGUUUGAACACGGAUUCACUGUUACUUAUAUUGGAAUUAAUAGAACCUGGUGACUUAUUGAAUUAUUUAAGAAUUAAUGGAACAUUGCAAUCUUUAGAUUCGUGCGCGUUGCGUCUGAAAGGCUUGCUCGCCAUGUGCGAAGAUGUUGCUCGAGGCUGUUGUUACUUAGAAAGGCAACAAUUUGUGCAUAGAGAUCUCGCGUGUCGAAAUUGCUUAAUAUCCGUAAGAAAUCAUGGAAACCGUAUUGUAAAAAUUGGACUAGCUAGAGAUAUUUACAAGGAUCACUAUUACCGUAUG